UCUUAUCCACCAGCAGCUUUUUUACAGCUCAGGACGGAGGCGCCCCUACCUACCCCCUCGAGGCCGCUUAGGUUUCCUGCCGGUCUGACUCAGUCCGAUUAUCCUCACAUAGAAUUUUAUUUGUGGGGAGCACAACACUUCCACGAUGGGAACGCGCGAUGAUGAAUACGAUUACCUAUUUAAAGUGGUGCUGAUUGGGGACUCUGGAGUGGGGAAGAGUAACCUGCUCUCUCGCUUCACUCGCAACGAGUUCAACUUGGAGAGCAAAAGCACCAUCGGCGUGGAGUUUGCCACGCGCAGCAUCCAGGUGGACAGCAAAACAAUAAAGGCCCAGAUCUGGGACACAGCAGGUCAGGAGCGCUACAGAGCCAUCACAUCAGCGUAUUACCGGGGUGCGGUGGGAGCGCUGCUGGUGUAUGACAUCGCCAAGCACCUGACCUAUGAGAACGUGGAGCGCUGGCUGAAGGAGCUGAGGGACCACGCUGACAACAACAUCGUCAUCAUGCUGGUGGGCAACAAGAGUGACCUGCGCCACCUCAGAGCCGUGCCCACCGACGAAGCCCGCGCCUUCGCAGAGAAAAACAACCUUUCUUUCAUUGAAACAUCAGCCUUGGACUCAACAAAUGUGGAGGAGGCUUUCAAGAACAUCCUGACAGAAAUCUACCGGAUUGUGUCCCAGAAGCAGAUAGCUGACAGGUCCGCCCAUGACGAGUCUCCAGGCAACAACGUAGUGGACAUCAGCGUGCCCCCUACCUCUGACGGCCAGAAAGGAAACAAGCUACAGUGCUGUCAGAACCUGUGAUGACGCCACACCCCCCUGCCCCCCCCCCCCGAACACACACAGAUGCGCACACACACAUGUACACAGACACACACAUACACACACACAUGCAUACGCAUACAGACGGCCUUCACUUUUCACCUUUCACCUUCUUUUCCUUACAAAAGUCCUUCUUUACACUCAUCAUCUCCUGCUUUACUCCUGUGUAUUGUGUUGCUGCUGUCUUGCUCUCUCGCUCUCUCUCUCUCUCUCUCUCUCUCUCUCUCUCUUGACCUCUGCCAUUUCCACAGAAAUCUAGAAAGGCUCAGAACACAUCUCAUCUUCUUCUAGAUGACAUUCCUUCUGUGUGUGUGUGUGUGUUUUCUCUGUCUGUCUGUCUGUCUGCCUGUCUUCUUCUCUCUCUUUACCCGUCUUUGCUUUCUUUCCUCUGUCCUCGUAUCUAUUUUUCUCUCCUCUCUCCUUUCCUUUCUCUGCUGCGCUGCGCUGGCUUGCAGAUCUCUCGUGACGUCUCGACCGGCUGUGCGUUACGCUACGUUUUGGCAGCUGCUGGUUGUAAUGGCCGCCGCUGAUCAUGUGACCCGCUCCCGCUUGAACGGGAAUGGUGAGAGAUCAGCGUGACCCCCUCCCGAGCUUAUCAGCCCGUCCGGCCGUUUCCUCAGAAUCACUGAACAAAAACAAAAAAAGAAAGAAAGAAAAAAGAUAUACGUGUGUGGCGAGUUGACCGAUGUACAGUAAAGAAGCAAAAACAAACGCGUCAUGUUUGGGAUUCGAGUAAACUUGACUUGACUGACAAGUGGUUCCAGGGAAACUGCUGGUGAAAUGGAAUUUGUGAGGUCUAGCAAAGAAAACCACAAGGAGGGCUGCAAUCAUAUUUGUUUGUGCGUUUUGUUUGUUUGUUUUUGUUUGUUUUAAUUGUUUUUUGUUGUUGUUUUGUUUUGUUUUUGGUAUAAUUUCUUCUCUUUUGAAAAGGCAAAACAUUUCAGAACAGCACAUGUACCUUUUGUGUCGGAGGCAUUGCGUGUAGUAGCUAGUUGUCAUUUGGAGGAGAUCUACAGCUGGCUUCCUGCGAUUCAGUCUGCGUUUGGUUCAUGAAAGGAGAAUAGACAGCAGACUUGCUGUCUGGGAGGCCAGGACAGUGUACUACAAAGAUGCUGAAAUGGCGAACCCUUUUUUCAUUGUUCAUCCUAACCUGGAGGUAGUUGUUAACCUGAUGAGGGAAAAGCUGGUUGGCUUUUAUAAAGUUAUUAAGAGUAUGGAGCCCCAGGCUUCCGAACAGAUUACCAAGUACUUCUGGGUUGACGGGGCACCUAAGUCACGCCCUCUACUUCCUGGUUCAUGGGGCAGGGGGAGUCAAAAAAUAAUUACUGGGCUUGAAAAUGAGUGCUUUUUUGACACCAAUCCAAACCUUGGACCUCCACCUAUGCACCACAAAUCCAAAAAUCACUCAUUUUCAAGCCCAGUAAUCAUUUUUUGACUCCCUCUGCCCCAUGAACCAGGAGGUAGAGGGCGUGACUUAGGUGCCCCAUUGAACACCAGGGUCAUCCCUCAACGGUCCUUGUAGUACAGUCCUUCCCCCCCGCAUGAAGACACAUCCAGUGUCAAUCAUUUCAGUAAAGCAUCAAUCAAACUACUAAUUCUAGUUUAAAGAAUGGAAGAAAACUCUAAUCAGUACUUAAACCACACAAAGGGUUGUGCACCAAACUUAAGAUCAACUUGAGCUUUGCGACACCCGGGAAUGGUGAACGAGGUGGAGAGGAAAUGUUCAGCGUCGGCCACAAAAAAAAAUGAAUCUUUAACUUGUGAAGAGACUUUACAUUGCUGGUUGGUUUUGAAAAUGCCUUAUGUUUCCCCACAUCGUCAACAUGCCUUGUUGAAAUGUGGGACUAUGUAUAACUCAUGCAUCAUCACUUUACAUCACUCAAUUCUGUUCAUUUGCCUUUUAUCAAGUAAUGUUGAAAUACAAAUAAACCAAAUCCAUGUCAAACCA